AUCAGACAAAAUUCACCAUGAGACCAGUGGACAUUUUUGAAGGGGAUACAGUAGUACUGAUUUGUGAGAUAAAUUCAACAUCUGAGAAUGUGACCUGGUAUUACUUCAAUCAGAUCAUCUCAACCAGCUACUGGUUUUCGAUAGAGACAGAAGUCACAAGGAGGAACUCAAGGUCGAUUCUUAAAAUUUUCAACAUUACGAUGAAGGAUUCUGGUUCCUAUAGGUGUGCUUUCACAAACAGCAAUCAGUUUCACACAGUGAUAUACAAGGCCACGAAAUCAGUCGCAGUCUCUCCGCUAUACAUCACUCCAAACUUCAACAACAUUGAUGUUACGUGUAACAGUCCUGAAACACAGAUAAACAGUCCUCUGCUGUCCUGUUGUAUUAACAGACCCUCACCAUCACUUACUGGUGACUGGAAAGUCAACGGAGCAAUCAAUAUUACAGGAGUCUCCAGCUCCAGUGAAAACUGCACUGAAUACAAGCUCAACAUCAAUGAAUCGCUGUGUCCCCCUGAGAAGUCAGGUACAGUGGUGACAUAUACCUGUGAGCUGCAGACUGGACACGGGGCCAGGUGCAGUAGAGACAUCACAGUGACGUACCUCCGGACAGCCCGGGUAACAAUAUCUUCGAGCAUAAACUCAUCAAUUUCUGAGGGAUAUGCAUUCAAUCUAACAUGUGAAAGUGAUGUGAGCAAUUAUGACAGUAUCAGUUGGAAAAUCCAGUCUGGAAAUAACACAAAAACAGUAGACUGUGGUCUGUGCAUCAAAAAUAGCAAAUUUCCAGCGACAUCUGUGCUCACAGUGAGGACUGCCACACAGGACUGGAGCGGCACCUACAUCUGCACAUUCUCCCAGAAGCACUUGGAGAGUUCUGCCAACGUGACAGUUGAGGUUAUUUCCUUGCCUCUGAAACGGAACAUCCUGAUAGACCCCAUUGCAGCAUCUGUACAGUGCAAAGUGCGACAAGCCCUCGAGUGCUGCAUAAGUGCUAACACCAUGGAAGACUAUGCUGUUAGAUUCGUGGUUCAACAAAAUGAAUUUCAUGUUGGGAAAAAGAAAAAAGGAAAUUUGUUUUGCUACACGUACAAUUACACAGAACCAGAAUGCAGCAAAGAGAAAAACCUCACAGCAUACUGCAAGUUUAUUAACCGCAUUGGACAGGAAGUCCACAGUGAAAGUAUGAGACUGCACCUGAUACCCGAUAAGGAAGUUUCCUGCUCAGCUAGCUUUGGCAUUGGAGUAGAAGGGGCCACAUUAAUAAAGCCAUGCCAUGAGUUAAAUAAUCCAGGUGGCCUUACCCGAGGCAAUGUAAUUUACACAUGCUCCAACAAAUCAUGGAAUGUUGCAAGGAAUGACUGCCUGGCCGUACCAAUAAGCAACCUGCUGACCAGUGCCGAGUCCUUGGUCAACAGUCCUGAGGCAAAAGCAAACCUACCUACCUACCUUGCAGAGCUUAAGGAAAAGACAGAGAAGGAGCAAAAUACAAUAAACCGUUCUCCUGCAAACCUAGGUGCAAUCGUUACCAUCCUGGCUAUGGUCUCCUCUAUCCCAGCAGAUGCAGAGGAGCAGACUGUUCAAAAUUUCCUCUCCACCGUGGACCUUAUUGUUGAUGAUUCCACAAUGGAAGCUUGGGAAGACCUGAACAAAGAGGGGACACACAAAAGUUCUUUGUUACUACAUUCAGUGGAAAAUUUUUCCCUGCGCCUCCAACCAGUUAAUAACACCAUUCCUCCUGUCUCUGUAAAAACCCUUCAGCUACAAGGUAUAGUUGUCAAAGAAAAUUCCAUCGCAGAUUAUAAUAAAACCUUCAUCAGUCAAGAAAAACUCACAGCUAAUGUGCUCAUUGAUGAAACUGAAAUUCAGACUCUAACCCCAAAUUCGACCAUUGUCAGUGUGAUGUACUCAACACUUGGACGUAUUUUGCCCCGGAAUGAGCACGAAUAUGUGAACGGCUUACUGGUAACAACAACUGUGAGCAGCAACAGAAGCCAGAAGUUCGGUAUUAAUAUGACCUUUGCAAAGGAAAACUUGUCUCUAAAGAUGCCCCAGUGUGUCUUUUGGAACUUCACACGCAACAAAUAUAGCGGGGACUGGGAUACUCGUGGUUGCACACCCACAGAGGUAGGAGAUUAUGUCAUUUGCUCUUGCAAUCACUUGACGUCAUUCUCCAUUCUGAUGUCACCUGAUAAAUCCUCCCAGGUAAUCUUGGAAGAUUAUAUUACCUACAUUGGCCUGGCCAUUUCAAUCCUGAGCUUGGUGGCCUGCAUUAUAAUUGAAUCCUUAGUCUGGAAAUAUGUGACAAACAACACAACCUCCUAUAUGCGUCAUGUCUGUAUACUCAACAUAUCUAUAUCACUCCUGAUUGCUGACGUUUGGUUCAUUGUCACUGCCUCCAUCAAUGACCAAAACCAACGGAUGAGCAGAGAUAUCUGUUUAGUGGCCACCUUCUUCAUCCAUUUGUUCUACCUGUGUGUCUUUUUCUGGAUGCUCAGCCUGGGCCUCAUUCUUUUCUACAGACUGGUUUUCAUCUUACAUGACACAAGCAAGACCGCUCAGAAAGCUGUGGCUUUCUGUCUGGGAUAUGGGUGUCCCUUUGUCAUUGCCGUCAUCACCAUCGCUGUCACACUGCCAAGGAACAAUUACACCAGAAAGGAUGUCUGCUGGCUCAACUGGAAGGAGAGCAAAGCUCUCUUGGCCUUCGUCAUACCUGCCCUGAUCAUUGUGGCCAUGAAUUUGUUCAUCACCGGAGUCGUUAUAAUAAAAAUACUGAGGCCAACUAUUGGGGAUAGGUCAAACAGGCAGGAGAGGAACUCUUUGUUUCAAAUUGGCAAAAGUGUAGCCAUCUUGACACCACUGUUAGGUCUCACGUGGGGAUUUGGCUUUGCCACCGUCAUCAAAAACAGUCAUAGAGUUUUCCACAUCCUCUUUGCUCUGCUCAAUGCUUUGCAGGGAUUAUUCAUUUUGGUGUUUGGGACUCUCUGGGACAAAAGGAUACAAGAAGCCCUACUGAAGAGGAACUCACUGUCCAAAUGGAGUUCUCAGCAAACAAAGUCAACCUCCCUGAUCCUGGUGACGCCAAUGCUUGCUAUGAGCUAUCCAUUUUCAAGAACCUUUAACAACUUAUGUGGGAAAACAGGAAAAUACAGAGUGUCUUCUUCAGAGCCAUCCAGCUCUUCGUCUGAAAACACUUCCAAGUCCUAUUCUUUGCUUAACUGA